ACGUCUGCAGUCGGAACUCUUAGUAAUCGUCUGCACGAACCUGCCACCUCUUCUGAAGCUCGACCGCCAGAUUUCAACAAGGGCCUCUCCGAAGAAGCUUGGGUUUUCUUUCUUUUAAAAGAUCACUUAAAAAAACGUCCACAGUUCAUUCAAGUGCUGCUGAGCCAGAAAGACUAAAUAUGAAGAUAAGGCUGUCUUUGGCAGCGGUAGCCCUCCUGGCUGUACUAGUAACGUGGGUCGAUGCUCAAGAAGAAUGCUCACUCGGUGUGGAUGUACAAGCAGAUGUUGUUCUCCUGGUUGAUGGCUCGUACAGCAUAGGAUUGGCCAAUUUCGCCAAAGUGAGAGCCUUCCUAGAAGUUCUGGUGAAAACCUUCGACAUCGGACGAGACAAGGUCCAGAUCAGUCUGGUUCAGUACAGUAGAGACCCACAUACCGAGUUUGCCCUGAACACGCACAAUGACCUCGACGCUGUGGUCAAGGCGGUACGGACGUUCCCAUAUAGAGGAGGCUCCACAAACACGGGGCGGGCCAUGACCUAUGUUAGGGAGAAGAUAUUUGUCUCAGCCAGAGGGGCGCGAACCAACGUGCCACGCGUCACGAUCCUCAUCACGGACGGGAAGUCCUCAGAUGCCUUCAAGGAUCCGGCCACGAGACUGAGGAGUACCGAUGUGGAGAUCUUCGCUGUGGGUGUCAAGGAUGCCGUCCGCUCAGAAUUGGAGGCCAUUGCUAGCGAGCCGAAGGAAACCCAUGUCUACACUGUGGAGGACUUUGACGCGUUCCAGAGGAUAUCCAAGGAAUUGACGCAGUCCAUCUGUCUGAGAAUUGAGCAGGAACUUCUAAAUAUUAAGAAAAGGAGUUUAAUUGCACCAAGGUCGCUGACGUUCUCAGAGGUCACAUCCAGGAGUUUCCGGGCCAGCUGGCUCUCAAACAGCACGAACGUUCUGUCCUACUUGGUGCAGUUCAAAAAUGCAGAAGACCCAAAUGGAGACUAUGUGUCCAUUUCAGUGCCUGGGGACACUUUAACUGCUGUCCUGCCCCACCUCACACCCCUCACCAGAUAUGAGGUGAAUGUCUUCGCUCACUAUUUACUGGGAGAAAGCUAUUCUUUGACAGGAGAGGAGACCACAUUAGAGGAGAUCAAAUGUAACACCAGUGCCAAAGCAGACAUUAUCCUGCUAGUGGAUGGCUCGUGGAGCAUCGGGUUUAUGAACUUCAGGACCAUCCGCACGUUCAUUGGUCGCAUGGUGGGCGUCUUCAAUAUUGGCCCGAACCUGGUUCAGAUUGGCUUGGCUCAGUACAGCGAUGACCCCAAGACCGAGUGGCACCUGAAUGCUUACAAAACCCGUAAGGAAUUGUUGGAUGCUGUGGCCAACCUGCCAUAUAAAGGAGGCAACACAAUGACAGGCCUUGCUUUGAACAACAUCCUCCAGAACAACUUCAAACCCAAUGUAGGACUGCGACCUGACUCUAAAAAGAUUGGUGUGCUUAUCACUGAUGGCAAAUCUCAAGACGAAAUUAUCAUAAACUCUGAAAACCUGCGGAAGGAGGGAAUUGAGCUGUAUGCAGUUGGUGUCAAAAAUGCGGAUGAAAAUGAAUUGAGGUCCAUUGCCUCAGACCCUGAUGAUAUCCACAUGUACAAUGUGGAAGACUUUUCCGACCUGCUGGACAUUGUGGACAGACUCACCGAUAACCUGUGUAACAGUUUCAAAGGUUCAGAUGGCCCGGAGCCACCCACCAACUUGGAGACCUCGGAGAUGACCCACCGCUCCUUCCGCGCCACCUGGACUGCACCAGCAGGGUCCGUGGAGAAGUACCGGCUGGAGUACAUGAUCGCGGCCAGGGGGCCUACUCAUGAAAUGUCUGUCAAUGGAACAGUGACCACUGUGGUCCUCAAUAACCUGAAUCCUCUGACCGAGUACAUUGUCAAAGUUUUCGCCGUCUCUGAGGAUGUGAGCAGUGAGCCAUUGAAAGGCACAGAAAUCACCCUGCCAGUCCCCAGUGCGAGGAACCUGAGGGUGUCUGAUGAAACCACCACCACCAUGAAGGUCAGUUGGGACGCUGCUGCAGGGGCCACCGGCUACCAGCUGCUUUACCGUGCAGUCAACGCCACUGUUCCCUCAGAGGAGAAGGAGGUGCGAGUCGGGGGAGGAGUGACUGAGGUCCACCUGGAACAUCUGUUCCCCAACACAUUGUACAGUCUCUCCCUCAUCGCCCUCCACGGAGAAGAGGCCAGCGACCCCACAGUCAUCAAUCAAAGCUGGACAAAAUUAAUGCCCGGUUUUAACACAGGGUAGUGCAACCCAAUCAAAGGAGUCGCUCAAUGCAAUUUCCUGCAGCAUAUCACCCUUCAAUGCUCCCAGCACAAAGCUGGUAUUUGCGCAGUCAAGCUUCAAUCUACAUGUACUGCUUCUAAGGCAAUUCAGAUUUCUGUGAAGAAAGAAGACCAUUAUUUUUAAUGACUCUCACUAAAACUGUAAAUGUUUUUGUACUGUCUCUUGAUUAUAGCUUAAAACACAGACAUUUAUCCUCCUAAAAGCAUCCAGGUUACUAGCUGAUAUUACAUUACAUUAGAUGGCAUUUAGCAGACGCUCUUAUCCAGAGCAACGUACAACGAAGUGCAGAUCAAACACAAGUACAAGUGUGAAGAGGACCUGAGAGGACAGUACAGUUCCGAGUCCUAGUGUAAACAUACAGAUAAUCAGAACCCUUGAAGAAUACAAUCAACUUCCAAACUAGCAUACCACAGUUGGCAGCUAGAAUACCCUGAGUACAACAAUACAAUAGCUAAUACAAAAAAAACAACAAUAUCUAUACAAGUAACAAUCUCUGUACAAUCUAUACAUAAGUGCCAUUACAGUCUAUGGCAUAUAUAAGGCUAAUCAUGGUGGUGAGUUAGGGAGGGAAAGGUAUAGCCUGAAGAGAUGACUCUUCAGUCUGCGCUUGAAGGAGGUCAGAGACCGGUGCCGUUCUGACAUCCACUGGGAGGUCAUUCCAGGACCAGGACAGACAGCAGUCUGCAGCAGCAACCAAAGUUUUAAAUUUGAUGCGAAACAUAACAGGCAGCCAGUGGAGGUUGCUGAGCAGGGGGGUGACGUGAAUGUCUCGGAACCUUGAAUACCAGACAGGCUGCAGCAUUCUGGAUCAGUUGUAGGGGUCUGAUGGCAGAUGCUGGAAGGCCAGCCAGCAGAGAAUUGCAAUAGUCCAGACGGGACAGGACCAUUGCUUGAACAAGGAGCUGAGUGGAGUAGGUGGUGAGAAAGGGUCGGAUUCUCCGGAUGUUGUACAGGUAGAACCUGCACGCCCGGGUCACCGUAGCGAUGUUCUCAGAGAAGGACAGCCUGUUGUCCAUCACCACUCCAAGGUUUCUUGCAUUAGGGGAUGAGGUCACUGUGGUAUCCCUUAGUGAGAUGGAAAAAUCGGAGAAGGGAGAGGUUAGAGCAGGGAUGAAGAUUACCUCCGUCUUACCUGGGUUGAGCUUUAGAUGGUGGUUGCCCAUCCAGGGGAGGAUGUCUCUCAGGCAGGCGGAGAUACGGGUUGAGACCUGUGUGUCUGAUGGGGGGAAGGAGAGAAAGAGUUGGGUGUCAUCGGCAUAACAAUGAUAUGAGAUUCCAUGAGCAGAGAUAACGGGGCCGAGGGAUCUUGUGUAAAUGGAGAAGAGGAGGGGUCCAAGGACUGAGCCCUGGGGGACUCCUGUAACAAGGGGGCGAGGGGUUGACACUCUUCCAGCCCAGGACACCUGGGAGGACCAGCCAGAGAGAUAAGAUUUAAUCCACUCUAAGACUGUGCCACAGAUCCCUGUAGAUGCCAGGGAGGCUAAGAGGAUGGAGUGGUUGACUGUGUUGAACGCCGCAGAGAGGUCAAGAAGGACCGCAGAGAGAUCUCACACUUCAAUUUGGCUAACUAUGAAGGUACCCACAUUAAAUCUGUGUGAUGACCAAAGAAAGAGAAUGAAAACCCUCAUCAAUCAAAGCUGGACUAAAUUAAUGCCGGUUUUAACACAGGGUAGUGCAGCUGUUGGAGUAGUGUUAAAAGUCCCUGGAUCACCAAUAAAUAAAUAAAUAAAAUAAAUGUACAGCAUACCUUGGGGGUAUGUCGCUGUUUUUGAGUCCUGGAAUUUGGAUUGCCAAAAGGGAAAGCCAAUUGAUACGACAAUAAUAAAACAGGCCAUCAUUGACAUUGACCAUUAAUAUGAUUGAGCAGUGCCUUCAAAUACAUUCAUUCAUUCAUUAUCCUAACCCGCUUAUCCUGAACAGGGUCACAGGGGGGCUGGAGCCUAUCCCAGCAUACAUUGGGCAAAAGGCAGGAAUACACCCUGGA